AUGCAGCCGCUGGCGGAGAGGAGGAGAGGCUUGGGGCCGAUUAAACAGCGGGAGAGAUGGACGCCGCCGGCUCUUGUGCCCAAGAUUGAUGAUGCUGGGAGUGCCAGUGAGGGAUCGCAGAGUGUUACGCCGCCUGCUUUGACACCGGCUGGGGACUUGCAGUUGUCUGAGGGUUUGCCAGCUGAUAUCUCGUUUGAUGUUCUACCCGUCGAGAGUGAAGUGGCAUCUGCAUCACCAACAAGCUUCCCAGACAUACCGCCAGACGACUUAAUCAACCCUAUCGCCAUCCCUCAAUAUCCCCAAGACGCUUCAUCACAGCUCAUUCUAUACCCAACACCCUCCUUCGACAUCCUCUCCCUCUUCCCCUCAUUCUCCUUCACAAACCCAACUGAACCUGCCCCUUCAAUCGGCAGCGACGACGUCCAAGCCAUGACAUUCCACUCCACCGUCCUCGCACCCAUGAAAUCAACCCGCAAAGCCGCUCUCUCAGCACACUCCAUCUUCCUCAACUUUGCAGUCCAAAACCCCAUGGCGCUACAUUUCCUUCUUGCAUUUUCACACAGCGAACUAGCUAUCCAUCAUGGUUUCAGCCACAGACCGCCUUUGGAGUCCUAUCUACAUUUUCAGAACGGAUCGCAGCUUUUAAGCCAGGCGCUCGUGACAUUAUCGCCUACCAACCACGUCGCGAUGAUGUUGUCGUUUUUGUACCUUUAUAUGUUUUGGAUGAGGAGGGAUCCGUUGGAGGUUGAGAGAUUGCGAGAGUUGAGCACUUCGAUUCUUGCGUAUAUUACGACGUUUUCGCUAGAUGAGGUUUGUGCCAAUUCUAGUGGGAGUACGGGGACAUCUGAGCCUGUCACGCUAUCGCGGAUCUUGACGUAUAUUUAUGAUCGCGAUGUAUUCUGUGGUUUCUUUGGCUGCGGCGCUGCGUUUGCGGGUUAUGUCAGCCAGAAGCAUGAGACGAGGCAGCGAAUAUGGCUUCUAUCACGAAUGCCGAUAUUACCUGACCAGACGGAGACGUGGUUCAGCCAGAGUAGCGAGCUGGCUGUACUUGGGAAGUGGGUGGAGAUUAGGAACAAGUUGGACAAGAUACGAGAAGAGCAGAACUUUCUCUUCACUUUAUGGACAGACUGCGCUCAAGAGUCAACUAAACCACCACUAAUGGCCCUCGUAGCCGUAACCAUCUUCCACGCCCUGGAGAUCUACCUAUACCGCAGCCGCGACACAUUCUUCGGCGAAACACCAGUGCCAGCUGAUAUCGAGCGCGCACUCCAAGAACUAGUCUCAGCAGCAUACCACACCAUCCCCGUCGGACCAGUCCAGCUACUAGAGCGCUUCCAAUGGGCUCUCUUAAUCGGAGGAAUCGAAACACACGACCCCGUAUACCGAGACUGGAUCUCGGGGAGUAUUUCAGACCCCGUUAUCAAGGGCGUUUACAACCUCGUGGUGUCGGCUAAGACACUAUCGGCUAAGGGAAUAUCGAUGGAGGCGAUCCGCGAGUUAGUUAGCAAGCAGACGAGACCAUAUCAUCAUAAUUAG